GUCGACGGCGUCUUCAUGCCGCGGCGGUGCCCCCAUACAACCUUCUUGCUGUCGACAUCCUCCCCCUUCUUCGUCCUCCCCCCCACUCUUGUACUCCGUUCAGCCCACCACCAUCACUUGGGAUGAAAGAGGCGGCCUCCACCAGCGGCCAGUCGACCGUUCAUUAGACCCUCUGGUCACCCACACUCCUUCAGCCAUUCAUUUGCCAUUCAGCAAUCCAGCACAAUAUCAGCUAUCGUGUGUCGUCGCUCAUUUCUUGCGCGGGUAACAUUUUCGAUCAUCGCAAUACGCAUUGUCCACCCAACGGCCCAUAUCCACUCACAACCUGCUCCGAUUCUGAUACCCAGCCUUGUCCACUACCGGGCAAAGCGAAGACGAUCAAACCUGUGGCAGUCUCUCACCACCCGAUAAACCCAAAAAUCCAACACACCGGGACGCGUAUCGAACCGCCAUACCGAUAGACUCGACCUUUCUCUUUCUUCUUGCCGAAAAUCACCCUGACCCACCGUCGGGCUGAUUCCUUGGUGUCUUUGAACCUCGUCCCAUGCUCUCACUCUCGAUCGUCCCCAUUCCUUACGCUUUCUCCAACACGGCUGCUGAGCAGUGACGACUCCGGCACCCGACUCCCUGGGGAUUGCCGAACGUGAUUACGUCGAUCAGCCCCAGAAUAGUAGCCUUGGCAGUGUCAGUAUGAGAGGGCCUCCAUAGCAUCAAUCGCUUCCACCUGUCGUGUCGCAUAAUCGUCUGGUCUCACCGCAUCGGACUGCCUCCUGUCCCUCCCUUCCCAAGGCUCUCAAGGGACCGAUCAGAUUCCACUGCUGCAACCCCUACCCGCGGCCGAAUAUCUCCCGAGAGCGUCCAACAAACACGAGGACGCCUAGUACCACACACUCUCUUUCACCAUUCCACAGUUGACAACUUCGCAGGCGAGGGUACGACUUUGGUCCAUGACGGCGACAACGAGAUUUCUUUGAGUUCCGGUCCGAUCGAUUCCACCAGGGGACGUAGCGGCGCUGGGAGCUGGGACCACUCUACGACUCUCCGAUUCCUUCAAUUCUUUUCCGACGGGAUCGACGGUUUUGUUUGUCUUGGGCAGGAUCCAUUGGGCUUUUGUGACCGGUGUCACGGACGACGGACAAGAUGGGUUGCAUGAGCCAUCGAAGACCGCAUGUUGAGGUGCGGCCUGAGCAGAAGUGGGACUACAUUCAAUUGAACGACUUCAAGUCGGGAAAUGCCUUUACGUACAUCGCGUAUGGCUACCUGUACUUCUCGCUCAUCUUAUCCACAGCUGUGUACGCAGUCGAUACUUUCACUGCCGUCAACCUGCUCGCCUUCAACAAGUGGUCCUCCGAAAUCCAGCCACCCGUCUCAUUCGACGUGACCAAGUGGAUCUUCUCCAUCUGCAUCAUUCUGUCAUUCGUCAACGUCGGUUACGAGCACAUCCGGGCCCAGCGCAUCAUGAGGCGCGGUGCCGUUGCUGAGUCGUACUUGGACAACUUGGCUGUCCGUCUGGAAAGCAUCAGGAUGGGAAAAGGCAAGGGAUGGCGGAGAUUCCUGGUCUUUGCGGAGCUCACCAAGAGUAAGAAGGGGGCCGAGUACAUUGCCCUCUUCACCUACUUCAGUUUCCAAUCUUGGAUUCGAGUCAUCUUCUGCUCUGGCCCGCGGCAAGCCGUCAAUGCCCUGACCCUCUACUCGGUAUACACAGCCAAGCUUGCCAUAGAGGGGGACAACUUUGAACACAGCUUGGAGAGCUUUUUCGACAAGAUCAAGACACUAGCCGAACAGGACUACCAGCAGGCCUUGAUUCUCUCCGGCAUGCUCUUCACCCUGGUGAUCUGGGUCUUUGCAAUGUUGUCGCUCAUCAUCGCCGCCUUGUUCUUCGUCUUCUUCCUCUGGGGUUGGAUUCCAAGAGACGAUGGUGGUCUAUCUGGAUACUGUGAGCGGAAAAUUAACAAGCGGUUGAUGAAGAUCGUCUCGAAGAAGGUCAAUGCGGCCAUCGAGGACCAGGAGCGGGCCCGCAAGAAGGCCGAGCUGAAGGCCGCCAAGAAGGCCGGUGAGCUGCCACCCGAGGAGCGCAAGGCCACCCUGCCAAACCUCAUGGGGAGCGGCGGCGAUGAUAAGCUUCCGGGUAUGCCAAUGCUUAGCAGGAACGACACCAUGGCCACGCUUCCGGUCUACACCUCCCGGCCGGGCACACCAAGCGGCGGUCAGCCUGCCCUGCCUGCCUUCGAGCUCAACCAGAUGCGACCCAUGCCCAGCAGAACGGGCACGACAACGACUGUGUCAAGCCGAGCGCCCCUCCUCGCUGCGGGCGCCGAAAUGGGCCGUUCUUCCCCGGCCUUGCGGUCUCCCGUUGGUGGCCCCCCACCUCUGACCAGGGUGCAGACAAACCAGUCAAAUUUUGGUGGUUCUUACACUCAGACACCAUCAUCAUACUCGCCGCAGAGCGAAUAUCCUCCCAUGCCACAGCCCAUCCGGUCACCCACAGCAUCAUCAGUAGGAUCCUACGGCAUGCCGCCCCGAUCGAACAUGACGCCAGCCCCGCGUGGAACAUUCGACGACUACAAUUCUGGGCGAGCUAGCCCAGCUCCCGUAAGGCGAAUGCCCUCGAACGCAUCUUUCGACAACUACAACGGCCAGUCAAGUCCGGCACCCUCAGCACUCCCGCCAAGGAUGAUGGGCCCUGGGUACGGGCAGGGUGGCUAUCCUAGCCCAGGAUCCCCUGGGGCUUACCCCACGCGGAGUGCAACCGGCCCCGUGCCGAACCGGGGGCCACCAAUGCAGCCGCAGAGGAACAUGACAGCCCCAGCGCAGCCGGGCAUCCGGAGACAGGGGACCGGCGAGCUCCGCUCCUUUACACCCGCCCAGUCAGACGCGGCAAGCGGGUACUUCAACCCUUCGGCCCCCGCAGACGCCCGCGAUUACCAGCGGCCGCCCUCGGACGAGUACCAGUACCGACCCGGCACUGCCCACAGCCAGCGGUCCAUGACCAGCCAGCCAAACAGGCAACAGCCGUAUGGCAACGGGCCGCCACAGCACAACAGGCAGCCCACGAGCGGCAGUGGCUUCAGCAACUGGGGCGCGGAUCUUGAGAGCCAGAGGGGAACGCCUGGGCCGCGAUAUUAGAGGAUGCCCCCCCCGCCGCAUAAAUCUACCACCUGCUGCUCACCACAUGAAUCCCCCUUCUUUUCCAUGCCUCUUUUGACUUACCUUGGCUCCAUACUACCCGACCUCUUUUGAUACCUUGAUACCUUUCUUGCCUUUCGCUUCAUUCUAUACGAGACAUUAGAAAUGUUCAAUCAAAUACCACUUAUAUAUACCAACCACCACAACUCGACAUGUCGGGAAGGUGGGAGCCGGGUCUGCACGGAAAGAAAGAAAGCCCGUCCUCUGGAUGGCAUGUGUGUACGAGUACCAAUGUCUUUUUCUAUAUGUUGCAUUUAUGGGAUUGAUAUCUGGGCGGCCUGGGAUCAAGGCCUACUAUAGCGAAACUUUUACAUCAGCACUUUGCCUGAUGUAAAUUCAAGACAGGAUGAAUAUAAAGAUAAUUACCAAUAA